AUGCCGUUCGCGCAGCUGGUGAUCGGCCCUCCUGGGUCCGGGAAAUCAACAUACUGCAAUGGAAUGCAGCAGUUCAUGUCUGCCAUUGGCAGGAAAUGCUCUAUUGUCAAUCUUGAUCCAGCUAACGACCAGACUUCAUACACGCCAGCAGUAGACGUGCGAGAGCUCGUCACGCUAGAAGAGAUCAUGAAGGAAGAUACUCUUGGUCCCAACGGGGCUGUUUUGUAUGCGCUAGAGGAGCUUGAGGAGAACUUCGACUGGCUCGAAGAAGGGCUACAGAACCUCGGAGAUGACUAUGUCCUGUUCGAUUGCCCCGGCCAAGUGGAAAUAUUUACGCAUCACGGCUCACUCCGCAACAUGUUCUUCAAGAUUCAAAAGCUUGGGUAUAGACUAGUUGUUGUACACCUGGUUGACUCUUACAACCUCACUCUCCCAUCCAUGUACAUCUCCGCUCUGCUGUUAUCACUCCGGGCGAUGCUUCAGAUGGACCUCCCCCAUCUCAACGUUCUCACCAAGAUUGAUAACCUCAGCAAAUACCCCCCCCUUCCGUUUAAUCUGGACUUCUACACCGAAGUCCACGACCUCUCCCACCUUAUACCGCAUCUGAACGAGGAGGCGCCGUGGCUGGCGAAUUCCAAGUUCGAUGCACUAAAUUCCGCCAUCGUUGAGUUGGUGCAGGAUUUCAGCCUGGUAGGAUUCGAGACCUUGGCAGUCGAGGAUAAGAAGAGCAUGAUGAGCUUACUUCAUGCGAUUGAUCGCGCGGGCGGAUAUGCAUUCGGAUCCGCAGAAGGAGCUAACGAUACAGUCUGGCAAGUCGCAGUUAGAGAAGGCAUGGGAGUGAUGGAUGUAAAGGAUGUACAGGAGAGAUGGCUAGAUGCGAAGGAUGAGUGGGAUGAGAAAGAGAGGCAGGACUGGGAGGCUGAGGCCAAGGCUAGGGAGGAAGCAGCGUCGAGGGACGACGUCGGCAUGGACAUAGAUGACUUGAUGUCGAAUAUUCCGCCCAACAACGGCAUAAAGGUUGUAAGGAAAAACAAAUAA